AUGACAGAAGAAACUUCAUCGGCGUUGCUUGAACAGCUCGUCUACAUAGAUAAUUAUAUGAACGGUGGUGGUGGAGCUUCUGAAAGUUCUAAUGCCACACCAAAUUUGGAUAUAGAUGGACAAUUAAGUUUAGACUUGGCUGCAUUUGCCGAUGAUUCAUUUAUAUUUCCAGAUGAAGAGAAACCAAUAAAACGUGAACGUGAAGAUGAUGAUGAACAUGAAGAUAAUCGUGGAUUUGGAAACUCGUCUAAUAGUCAUCACCAUAUUCAUGAUAAUUGGAAUAUAAAUCCUGGUAUUCAUGCUCAUCCAGGUCCAUCCAUUUUCAACAAUAAUAAUCUUCAUAAUAAUAAUAAUCAUACUGGGAAUGCCUUUGAUGGGUUACCUAUUGAUAACUUGGUUAAUAACCUACCUAAAUUUCCAGUACCACCCGGAGCCAAAUCUUCAUUACAAAGUGCCGGAUUAUCCCAGAAUCAAAUUGAUUUAUUAAGUGCUCUAGUGGCCCAACAUCAAACCAGUCUUGGAAAUUCAAUACCUCCUACCACUGCCGCAGCAGCUAGCUCUGCCAAUACGAUUGUGCCUACACCGAUGUCCAGCACUUCUUCCUCGGUAUCAUCUGCAUUCUCACCGCCAGCCCAUUCCCCUAUCAGACAACAUUCACAACUUUUCAUAAAUGAGGAUAAUAUGGGUGGUGCUGGGAUGACACCUACUUCAACAAUGUCCGGAAGUAGUUCCUUUACCUCGACUCCUGAUCCAAGUGAUUUAGAUAAAAGACGUAGAAAUACGGCUGCAAGUGCUAGAUUCAGGAUUAAGAAAAAGAUGAAGGAAAAAGAAAUGGAAUCGAGGAUACUGAAUCUUACGGAUACGAUAGGUAAUUUAGAGAAUAAAUUAGCACAAUUGGAGAUGGAGAAUAAGUUGUUGAGGAAUUUAAUUCUUGAAAAGGGGAGUCAAAAGGGUGAUGAUGAAGUUAAAUUAUUGAGAGAAAGAGCUAAGAGAGGAUAA